CCUCUACCUCUCCUUAGUGUUUACAACAUGUUAUUCCCCUUUCAACAAUCAAUGCUUCUCCAAUCAGUCAAUCUUUUGACUAUCGCCAUGGAUUAUCCUAGGCUCUCUAGUAGAAAUCUCUCCAUCAUGAUACUAUCCAACAAUCACACACCUGUUUCCCAUACCGUAUUCCUCCCCUGGCCCCUUGUCUCCGAAUAACCUCCGCUUGCACCACCAUACAGCUCUAGCACUAGAAGUCCAGAUCCUAUCCUCCUAUCCCCUCUAUUCCCUCUAGAAAAUUUUUUUUUUUAAUAUUUAUACAUCUUCCACCCUCACCCUGAGAAAGUCUUCAGUCCGUAUCCUAUUCACGUCCAUUGUCCAUCCAUCGCAUACUUUGCGUUUUUGCGUUUAUACUUCUAACCACAUUGUUUUUCCAACUUUCCAACUCAUUCUCUCUUCCACAUUAUAUAUAUAAUCAGUUGAGAUACCCCAUUUGCAAACAAGCUGCAAAAAUGAACGGAACCACCAAAGCCUCUCUCCCUUCCAACGUCAAGGUGCUCUCGCAUCCUUCGAUCGCGUCCAAGCUCGACCAGCUGCGCGACCAGUCUCUCAGCGGCACGCCCGUGCGCUCUCUGAUCAACGAGCUGUCCACCAUCAUUGCCAUUGAAGCGACCCGGGAGAUCCCUCCGUCUGAGAAGAUCGCCCUGAUUGUCGUUCUGCGCGCCGGUCUGCCCAUGUGCGAUCCGUUCCUCGACCACCUGCCCCCGUCGACCGACGUGGCCGUCUACCAUCUCGGUCUGUACCGCGAGCGCACCACCCUCGAACCUGUCGAGUACUACAACAAGCUCCCUGCCCAGGCGCCGGUCGUCAAGCACGCCUAUGUGGUUGACCCGCUCAUUGCUACGGGUGGUACUGCCGGCGCGACUGUUGAUAUCUUGAGAAACUGGGGCGUCGAGCACAUCACUUUCCUCUCGAUCCUCGCUAGUCCGCAGGGUCUUGCUGCCGUUGCGAACGUCUGGCCUGAGGGCGUCGAUCUUGUCGUCGGCCACGUCGACGAGACUGUCGACGAGAAGGGCUACAUUCAGCCCGGCAUCGGCGACAUUGGCGACCGUCUGUACGGCACUGCUCUUGCCAAGACUGGUUAAAAUGCCAGUUUCAAUCAAAUGCGACAUGAUUUACAUCCAUGCAUUAAAUAUUAUCCGCUUUUGUUCUUGCUGUGGGGUUAAGGGUUAGCGAAAGGAGAUUUAAGCAUGGACGGGUGAGAAGAUUGAGAAUUAAAAAAAAGUUGUCGUUAGAGGUUGUGGAAGUUGUUUUUUCUGGUUCUGGGACGUUGAAACUCCUCAUGCAUAUUGCGUGUUUCGGGCAUGGUUUUAUAUCACUGGUGCUAUUCCCUUUCAAGAUUUAUUGCUUUUAUUUCCCUUCUUGUAUAUAUUAUUUACUAUCGCCUUUUAUGCAUUUACGUAGACCUUGAUAGAGGCAU